AUGGUCGCCGUCACCGAUUACGCGGCGAGAUACGCCGGUGGGGAGGCCGCAGUGGUGGCUAAAUUCGAUGAGAUCGCGGGGCCCAUGGGGUUCACCACCUUCCGCGACGGGCUGACUGUACGCGGCACCAAACCCAUCAACGACUCCUACGACAAACUGAAGGCGCUGAAAGGAGCCGUGGGCGAGAAAGUAAAGGUGGCGCUGGCGCUCGUGGCUGAAGGCUUUGAGAACGUGGAUUGGGGGCGAAAGCCGUUCCCAAAGAGCUGGGAUGCCUUGUUCGGCUCCAGGAAACGACCGCGUGUUGAAUAG